AUGCCCACUUUUGCCCUGGAUAUACCGCCCGCCAGCGCACUCGGCAGCGCAGUCCCCAAGCCCAUCAAGUCCUCAUUCAGGGGUUUUAAAUACGACGAACAUAUGGAACCUACGCACACGAAGGCAGUCUAUGAGACUCCUAUACCUCCAUUCACGUCGACUCCAGCGCAAACCUCAGAGGUUGAUAGCUCAGAAGACCAUGUGCCACCCGCGGCCGGGGGCUGGGAGGAUAGAACCGUUCUCGGGAAACGCAAAGCGUCCGACGAUCACACGCUUCACGAUCAAAUUCACGAUUGCACCGACUCGGAGUCGAGCUCUACCAGCCUCGACGCCUGCGAGGACUGCGAGGAUUAUCAAUCGUGUGGCGACCUCUGGGACGCGCUCGCAGCCGCGCUCAAUAGCUUCAAUGACGCGUGGAAUCAAUCCGCGACGCGUCCGCCGUACGUGAACUUUCAUGGGACGUAUUCCAUUGUAGCGGAUCCCAAAAUUCCUUUGUGGAAACGCGUCGAGCUCGUAUCGAGGGAUCUGCGGAGGCUCGCGAGGCUACCACAUAGCGAGAUGACGGACAGUGCACGGCAACACAAAGUCGGCUGCUGGACCGAGACAUACCAGUGCGACUGCAGUCGCGGCCGCAAGCUCGCACCAUCCCCGCCUCCUCAAGCGCCGACACCCUCCCCUGAGUCCCCUCCGGAUCCCUCCCCGACACCUUCAUUUCCAAUCCCCACUGCGGCGCUGACGGGCACACCAACACAAGCUUCGCAAACGUUCAAAUUCAAGCUGGACAUCACUCCUCCUCCUUCGCAAUCACCGGCCACAACUGCAAAGCCUGUCAAGCGCACGCAGAGCACCCUCGCGAAUUGGCUUGCGGGCGGGAACAAGAAAGCCCGGCCAUCACCAACUGCGACUACCGCCCAAAAACUCACCGUCGCGCCGACAGCAGAACGCAGUAAGAGGUCGCUGGGAUGCGGAGGGAGGCUACACAUCACGGUCGAGGAUGUGGACCACCCGCUGGGCUGGUUUAAGGGCCAGAAGAUCGUGGUCGGUUUGGAGCAUCCCAGUGGGCGAUGA